AUUUUCCAGGACGGUCCUGGAAAAUAUGCGGGGAGUGCGUGAGGCGAGACGAGCUCGUGACACCCACACACACACACACAGUCCCCCCUUCACAGAAUUAGCCACGCUCGGCUGGAGCGGCUUGGCCACGCCCCCGACACGGCGCAGGCAGCAUCCGUCCUCAUGGGCUCGCGCGCUGCGUGAUCCCCAUCACAAAUCGACGGCCGCGGCUCGGCUUCGCGGAGCCCGUGGAGUAGCGAAGGAGUAAAAGGUGGCGGUGGAGGGGGGCUACUUCGCUUCACACGAGCUCCCUUUUUCGGCCCUCCAUUUUUCUUUCUUUUUUGAUGUGAGUGUGUUGAAUGGAGUCACCUUCUCGGCGGAACGCCGCUUCUUCUUCUUCUUCUUCCCACCGCGAGUGAGCUGCUGUGAAUCUUGAAAGCACAAGUCUCUUUGACAGAAGACAAGAUGGCGACUGACAACACUCUGCACAGCUACUCCAUCAUCCCAUGUUUCAUCUUUGUGGAGCUCGUCAUCAUGUCCGGUACAGUGCUGUUGGCCUACUACAUGGAGUGCACAGACCUGUUCAGCGUGCACGUGCAGGGCUUUUUCUGUAAUGACGCUGAGCUGAUGAAGCCGUACCCCGGCGAGGAAGAGUCCAGCUUCGUCCCGCCCCUCAUCCUCUACUGCGUGGUCGCUGCUGCACCUACAGUCAUUAUCUUUGUCGGAGAGAUCUCCAUGUACGUGAUGAAGUCGACCAGAGAAGCCCUCCUGGCGCAGGAGAAAACCAUCGUGACAGGAGACUGCUGUUACCUGAACCCCCUCAUCCGCCGCAUCAUCCGCUUCAUAGGCGUGUUUGCCUUCGGCCUGUUCGCCACAGACAUCUUCGUCAACGCGGGUCAGGUGGUGACCGGAGGCCUCUCGCCGUACUUCCUGUCCGUCUGCAAACCUAACUACACCGGCACAGAGUGCCGCUUCAAUCACCAGUUCAUCGCCCACGGCAACAUUUGCACCGGAAACCCUGUGGUUGUGGAGAACGCUCGCCGAUCCUUCCCGUCCAAGGAUGCUUCUCUGAGCGUUUACUCAGCUGUCUACCUGACGAUGUACAUCACCAGCACCAUCAAGACCAAGUCCAGCCGGCUGGCCAAGCCCGUGCUCUGUCUGGGCACGCUCUGUUCGGCCUUCCUCGCCGGGCUGAACCGGGUCUCGGAGUACCGAAACCACUGCUCAGACGUGGUGGCCGGAUUCAUCCUGGGGUCGGCCAUCGCAUUGUUCCUGGGCAUCUGUGUAGUAAACAACUUCAAAGGAGUUCAUGGCGCAGUGGCCAAACAGAAGACGGAGGAGUACCGGGGCCUCCCACUGAUGACUUUCCCACGUGUAGAGAGCCCACUGGAGACGCUGAGCGCACAGAACCACUCGGCGUCAAUGACGGAGGUCACAUGACUAAGGGGGCAGCACCGGGUCACGUUUGCGUCUCCACAGCACUUCCAGACACAAUGACGAGGACGCAUGGCACGUGGCGCGGGAUGCUAACUAAAGAUGCUCCUGAUUUCUCAGUUUAAGUCGCCUGGAGGACAGAACUCUCCACGUUUGCUGUGGUUUUACUCUCUAGUUUGGCCCUCCGUACUCUAAAUGUGCAGCCCAAAUCCACGCAAACACAAAGCCAACUUCUUAUAAGCACAGUUUUACUUUUCCACUCACGGAAAAACGUGGGGCGCUCUCCUCCUCCAGGAUGUGCUGUUUUCUUAGUUCUAGAGGACGGUGUUUUUUGUACAUUUUUGUAUGAGCGAGUGCCGUAGCCUGUCCUGACCAUGUAAAACCUGUGCACUUCCUGUCAGUCGACAUCACAUCCUGUCGGGUGAAAUGCCUCGUCGAUCACAUCCAUCCCACUCGAGUCUGAAAAAAAAAAAAGAUUGUCGUUCCGUGGUGUUUGUCAUUUGUACAGAAAAAGGACAAAAAAAUCCCUUUUUUUUAUUCUCUGUACAUUUAUUGACCAUUAUCGGGUCACAUUUUUUAAGGAUUUUUGUUAAUCUGUAUAAUGAUUAUGAUCCGUUUGGACCUGUUUGCCUGCUGUUUACCUGGAUAUGUUUUCAUAUCAGUGAAGGUGUUACGGGGAAAUACUUCUCCUUCCUAUGGAGGAAAUGUGAGGAAGAGUCCAGGACGUCCUGUGAGUCAGAAAAUGGGCUUUGGCGUUGCGUAAUCAGAUGUAAAUAGUUGUGAAACGCUUUGGCCCCAAUUUCCUGAUUUAUGCUGAUGUUGAUAAGAAACGUCUACAGAUGCGAAUAAAGAUUGGAGAUUCAAUUCUGCAAAAACGGAUGCAAAAACCAAGUCAAAGCUGUGUCUGAAUUCCUUCCCUACAUCUGUACUACUAAAAAACUAUACAGUGUCAUAGUGUCAUUUUUUUAACAGCAUCAAAAUAAAGUGAAAACUAAAUAAAUAUGAACAUUUUACAAACACUGUUUAUGAAUUUUCUGUGUUCUAAAAAUAAAAAAAUUGGAUGUUUUAUAAAAAAUUAGUUAAAAUUGAAUGAAGAAAAAAUGUUCAACUGCAAUGCAUUAUGGGGUAUAACCAUCGAUCUAAUGAUCAUAGAUGUACACUUGUUUUGAGUAGUGAAGGAAUUCGGACAUAGAAUUAAAUUGGAAUCUAAACUGGAACUUUCACUUUUCCUCCUGAAGCACCUUUUUUUCCUCUCAGACCCACCAGUGGAUUGUGUUACAAUGUUGUGACUCCAUUUCCUAUCGGAAGAUACGCCCAGCAUGAAGAGAAGAGUCAAGAUGUUUUAUAGAUAUUGGUCAUUAUUAAUGUGAUUAUGACUGUCUUUUCCUUUUGAGAACAAAAGAAAGUGUUUCAUCCGAAAUGCUGCAUAUAUGUUUAAUUUUUUUUUUCUUUGUUGAAAAAUUAAAAUAGCCUGUAGCAAGAA